CCAGAGGAGGUUUGGGCCGGUCCGCGAGCCGUCGCUCCGCCCCCGCUCCGGAUUGGCCCGGCGCGGCGCGGCGUUUAUUCUCGCGGCAGCGGAGGGCCGGGGCUGCUGACGUCACUGCUCCUGUUCCGCCGGCUGCCCAUUGGUCUAGAUCGGUCCCAAAUCACCCCACUCCUCGGUUGGCCGGGGCCCUGCUCAGGCCGGCCGGGUUAGCCCGUCUUCCCAGCCGUGGAUUGGCCCGCCGCAGGAUCCGUCGUCGCGGUUGUGUCUGGGAAGGAGAGAAAAUGGCGGCGGAGCCGAGCAAGACCGAAAUCCAGACUCUUUUUAAAAGGCUUCGCGCAAUUCCAACCAACAAGGCCUGUUUCGACUGCGGCGCCAAGAAUCCGAGUUGGGCCAGUAUCACGUAUGGUGUUUUCUUGUGCAUUGACUGUUCUGGGGUGCACCGCUCCCUGGGCGUCCAUCUCAGCUUCAUCAGGUCCACAGAGUUGGAUUCCAACUGGAACUGGUUCCAGCUGAGGUGUAUGCAGGUCGGCGGGAAUGCCAAUGCGACAGCUUUUUUCCGUCAACAUGGAUGUAUGGCCAAUGAUGCCAACACCAAAUACAACAGCCGAGCUGCCCAGAUGUACCGGGAGAAGAUCCGGCAGUUGGGGAGUGCAGCCCUAGCUAGACAUGGCACUGAUCUUUGGAUAGAUAAUAUGAGUAGUGCUCCUAGUCACUCCCCGGAGAAGAAAGACUCUGAUUUCUUCACAGAACAUACUCAACCCCCUGCCUGGGAUGCACCAGCCACUGAGCUUUCAGGGACCCAGCAGCCAGCCUCGUCUGCAGAGAGCAGUGGCCUGGCACAGCCAGAGCAUGGCCCCAACACAGACCUGCUUGGCACCUCACCCAAAGCCUCUCUGGAGUCUAUGUAUUUAUCAGCUAAAGGGGCCCUUCCUGCCAGAGAACUGAAAAGCUCCAUUAUUGGCAAGAAGAAGCCAGCAGCAGCGAAAAAAGGGAGUACCCAAGUCUGGGAGGGAUCAGAGGAGAUUGUGGUUGGCAAGGCCCCAUAUCAGAUGAUUCUCUGCCAGCUGGGUGCCAAGAAGGGCCUAGGGGCCCAGAAGGUGAGCAGCCAGAGCUUCAGCGAGAUUGAGCGGCAGGCCCAAGUGGCAGAGAAGCUCCGUGAGCAGCAGGCAGCUGAUGCCAAGAAGCAGGCCGAAGAGUCCAUGGUUGCUUCCAUGCGUCUGGCCUACCAGGAGCUCCAGAUUGAUCGUAAGAAAGAGGAGAAGAAGCUACAGAACCUGGAAGGGAAGAAGCGAGAGCAGGCAGAGAGGUUGGGUAUGGGCUUGGUAUCCCGAAGCUCUGUCUCCCAUUCGGUGCUGUCUGAGAUGCAGGUGAUUGAGCAGGAAACCCCAGUGAGUGCAAAAUCCUCUCGUUCUCAGCUGGACUUGUUUGACGACGUUGGUACUUUUGCAUCUGGACCCCCAAAGUACAAAGACAACCCCUUUUCCUUGGGGGAAAGUUUUGGUUCCCGUUGGGAUACAGAUGCUGCCUGGGGUAUGGACAGGGUAGAGGAGAAGGAGCCAGAAGUGACUAUCUCCAGCAUCCGGCCUAUUUCAGAAAGAGCCACAAACCGGAGGGAAGUGGAGAGCCGGAACUCAGGCCUCGAGUCCAGUGAAGCACGUCAGAAAUUUGCAGGAGCCAAAGCCAUCUCUUCCGAUAUGUUUUUUGGGCGGGAGGUGGAUUCUGAGUAUGAAGCCAGGUCUCGGCUACAGCAGCUCUCAGGCAGCAGUGCCAUCAGCUCUUCAGACCUCUUUGGGGACAUAGAUGGAGCUCAUGGAGCAGGAAGUGUAUCUCUGGGGAAUGUGCUCCCUACAGCUGACAUUGCCCAGUUUAAGCAGGGUGUCAAGUCUGUGGCUGGGAAAAUGGCUGUGCUGGCCAAUGGUGUGAUGAAUUCACUGCAGGAUCGCUAUGGUUCCUACUGAUGCAAGCUCCGUGGCUCAGGUGUAUGGUGGUGACAGCAGCCAGACCCCAUGAAUCCCAGGCCAGGGAUGCUUGCCUUCUGGAAGCUGGGGAGGAUUUGUUACUUUCUAUGUGUAGGGUUAGAGUGGGUGGCCUUUGAGGAUCUUGGGUGAGGGAAAUGGUCAGUAUCAGCCUUUGUCUUCUGCCUGUGGAUUGAGCCCUUUGUUCUCUUGCCCUCGUACCUCCUCUAUGUGAAAUUACUGUCCUCCUAAUUCUGCCCCCAGAGCUGCUGCUCACUUGUCCUGGCACACUGGGAGUGAGGGGAAGCAGUUCCCUUGGAAUGGCUUAGUCUGGUCCAGUACUUCCCCAAGCAGGGAAAGUGAAACUUGUAAAGUGCUUUUUGCUGGAUCCUUCCAGGUAUUCUAAGGGCUUGGGCCUCUUGACUUCUGAAACGAGGGGGAGGCCUAGAAAGAGCUCUGCUAUAGACCAGGCCCCCCAGGGGAGAGAGGCUCUGAACUUGCUACUCCUGUUGCUGCUGCCAGUGGCCUCUUCUGGGUACUGGGAGAGGGAAGGUGGGGGGUAGGAUCUUCGUAUGGGCCUUAACUUAGGGCUAGAAACUACCUGGUACCUAGAAGUUUCAUUUGGGAUCAGAUUGGAGGCCCAAGUGAUCGCUGUCUCACCACUCCUUUUUACAGUAAUCCUACUUGGAAGACUCCCUCUGUUAGGGUCUGAGUUCUUCCGUACCAUCUACUGUGGAUCAUAGGACCCUCUGCCCCCUUCUCUAUCUCUUUUCCUCCCCUGGUCAGUGGCCAUGGUGGAUCUCCUCUGCCAUGUCCUGACUCUGGGUGCUGUGAGCGUGAUACUGGCCAAGGAAGCAGAGGACGUAAGGGACAGAAACAGGCUCCUGGGGCUCAGCUUUCUUCCUCUGCAUCAUCUUGGGCUUAGCGGGGGCCUGGAUAGCACCCUACCAGCAAGAGCUUGAGGGCCUACAGAGCUGUAGGCCUCACCCUCUGGCCGCUGGGCCACGCACUGUGUCAUUCUUGGUGCCAUCUUCCCCUGCCAUGCUGGCAGUCUGAACCCAACCUCUACUUUUGGUUUGUAGGUUGGACUCCCAAGCAACACAGACCACUCUCCCCACACCUUCCCCCAGAGGGACAUGACUUUUUUUUUGGACUGUUUGUAUUGAAACAAAGUGGUGUCAAAAUAAAGCCCCCAUGGGGCCCUGGGUCCCAUUGGUCUGAGU